CGGAAGAUGGUUGUGCGCAGGCGCGUUCUGUUCUCGUCCGUGGAGCCCGUGUCCCUGUGACGUAUUCGGGGUGGUCGUGGUGUUGCGUGAGAGUGGUGAGCGGUUAACGGUAGAAGCCUGCGCGGGCUCGACACCCGGCCCGGUUACAACCCCCACCGGCUUCAGCGGCAUGAAUCCGCACGGAGACGAACUGCCGCGGCAGCAUUUCAGUCCUAACAAUGGGGACUUUACCUUCGUCUCUUCGCCUGACAGUGAAGACCUCAGUGGUUCGAUGGCUGCUCCAGAGGUUAAACUUAAUAUGGAUGCUGAAUCUACAAAAGAUGCCUCUGCAACAGCGUUCCUCAGGAAAAGGGGAUAUGGAUGGCUUCUGGAAGUUGAGGAAGAUGACUCUGAGGAGACCAAACCACUCCUAGAGGAAUUAGACAUUGAUUUAAAGGAUAUUUACUACAAAAUCCGAUGUGUGUUAAUGCCAAUGCCGUCGCUGGGAUUUAAUAGGCAAGUCGUGAGGGAUAAUCCUGAUUUCUGGGGGCCUCUGGCUGUGGUUCUUUUGUUUUCAAUGAUCUCGCUAUAUGGACAAUUCAGAGUAGUUUCAUGGAUUAUCACAAUCUGGAUAUUUGGAUCAUUAACCAUCUUCUUAUUGGCUCGAGUUCUUGGUGGUGAGGUUGCAUAUGGUCAGGUUCUUGGAGUGAUUGGUUAUUCUCUACUCCCUUUGAUUGUAAUUGUACCAGUGCUUUUGGUGGUUCACUCCUUUGAACUUUUAUCCACGACGAUAAAGCUCUUUGGGGUAUUCUGGGCUGCUUAUAGUGCUGCUUCCUUACUGGUUGGAGAAGAAUUCAAAACAAAGAAGCCUCUUCUGAUAUAUCCAAUAUUUCUUCUGUAUAUUUACUUUUUAUCCUUGUACACCGGUGUCUGAGAUUCGAGGGAUCUAUUAAUUCAAGUACUUUCAGAACUCAGUAUGGCAAGGUCUCAUGAAAGCAAAUUGUUGAAGGAAAGUGCUGUUGACUCCAGAUGCUGAAGAAAUUGGGUUUCUUCCCUGCCCUCCAGUGGUUAUUUUUGGGUGUAAAGCAUAAAUCUAAAGUUUUAAACACUAGAAAGAACCUGUAUACAUUUGUGUUUUAAUUUUUUAAAAAUUGAUUUGGUUUUUGUGGAAGAAUAAAUCAGGACACAAGGCAGAAGGCUGUGGCCAGUUUGACUGGAAAUGAAUGAUGGGACAGUGCUAAGUGCCCUGUGCCAAAACAUCAAGAAUGACAUAGCCAAGAUGUAUAUUAUGUCAAAUGCAUCUUGGAUUUUCAAACAACUUGAAGGAAAAAAAAACUGUUUAAAGUAUUGUGCUUUGAGAUCAUUGUACCUUUUUAAAAUGUGCAGUUUUCUGCAAUUAAUAAGUGACAUUUAUUUUGUAGAUAACUUUAUUUAAGGCAAUGCAAUCCUGUAAACAGCUGUAUUCCAAGCAUCUUAAAAUUUUAAUUUGUGUAGACUAUUUCAAAUUUCAUUUUAAGUUGGGUGCCUUUGGCUUGGAUUUUUUUAGCUGCUCUCUGGUGUACAGAAGUUAGUAACAUAAGCAUUUGUAAAAUAAACUACAAACAAAU